UCCGUACUGACGCCCUCGGUGUGUGAGGGUUAACAUAUCAUAUCUGAGCAGAAGAAUGAAAAGAAAAGUCAGUGUUUGAAAAUACUGUAUAUCCUUUAGCGUUAAAUGCAUUUGCAAAGACCCAGGCAUAACCGAAAGAUUUGUGAGGAUGAGUAAAAAGCCUCCCUGUCGGCCAGGAAUCAACUUUGAGGUGGGCGCAAGAGUUGAGGCCCAGGACUAUCUUCAGAAAUGGUACCCUUCUCGCAUUGAGAAGAUUGACUAUGAUGAAGGGAAAAUGCUAGUGCAUUUUGACCGUUGGAGCCACCGUUAUGACGAAUGGAUCUUCUGGGACAGUAACCGCCUAAGGCCUCUUGAGAAGCCAACCCUAAGGAAGGAAGGAUUAAAAGAGGAAGAGGAGAUGUCUGAGAGACUCGGCGAGAUGAGAACAUCUCGCCUACCUGAGCUUCCUGGAUGUACAGAGAGCACAGAGGACCAAACAGAGUUACCACAGCCAAGACAAGAAUUGAGAGAUGGUGAGGAGGUCCUGGCUCGUUGGACCGACUGCCGAUACUAUCCAGCAAAGAUUGAGAAGGUCAACAAAGAGGGUACUUACACAGUCCAAUUUUACGACGGUGUAAUAAGAUGUGUGAAAAGAAUUCAUAUUAAAUCGAUGCCUGAAGAUGCAAAAGGACAGGACUGGAUUGCACUUGUGAAGGCAGCCACUGCAGCUGCGAAGAGCAAAGGAGGCUGCAGGCCACGCACAAGUGUAAACAGCAACAAGAACAAAGAUGAGCAGAUGUCUGACUGUGAGGAGGAGGAGGAAGAGGAGGAGAUCAACCUGGAGGAAGAGGAGGACCGAGAAUCAGAAAGACCAGACACAGAGUCGGCAGGAGAGGAUGACUGCAAGUCCCAAUCUGAUCACCAAGAGAUGGGCAACGCCAAGAAAAGGAGAAGACAGGGCAGUGUCUGUAAUUCCAAGAGGCUUCGUCUACAGCCAGCAGGAGGCAGUGAAGAGGAGAUGGACUGUAAGGAGGAGCCAAAGGACGUGCCAGUCACAACUCAGCAGAGGAUUGUGGACUCCGAGGCUUCCACUGUAGACAGCAGAGCUGCAGUUUUCCCGGCUGUGCAGGGCACCCCAUCCCCUGUCCGAUUGCGUAACCGGCGGCUCAAGCAUGACUCUGGAGAAUCCAGCAGCAGCCAGAGGCAAGGGGCAGAGGAGGGUGAGGCCAGCUGUUCCCCAGCCUCCAGCCACAGUUUCACUGAUGCUCCUCAAACAGUCUUGAUAGGUGCACAGUUAUAA